GAAGAUCACUGCAACAAAGUGAGAAAUUUGGAAACCGCACAACACUCCACUUUGUACUUCGAAGAAAUUCUGCUUUACUUCUACAGCCAUACACAAGCUGAAAGACCCCUCCAAAUCAUUCGAAGCCUUCUAGCUUUGACAUCAUCGAAGAUUUAUCUAUCUUCACAUGACAGUGCCCCUACGACAAUUAAGCGGCAUUCAAACCUUAAAUCACCACUUCUACAAUGUCAUACUCCAGCCAAGAUAAUUAUAACUGCUGUUUUAAUGGCAAUGUGUUGGAAACGUGUCCGAUUUGCGGGGGCGCCCCACGACUUGUACCCGGUUGUACUACCUGCGAAGGUACCGGAACAUUUAACAAGUCUUGUCCAUACCACUGCACUUCUGCAAGCAGUUAUUCCAAUAAUCUGCAUACUGUGCCGGCUCAUAGAAAUCGGGAAGCGAGAAGAUCUUCUGGAAGGAGCAAGAACAGCCAUAGUGGCAGAACUGUCAGAUAGUUCGGCUCAUGAUGUAGUACGAGUUGGAAACAGGGGACAAAUUUUAUCCUUGUCGGAUUUUUGGCGUUGGUUUUUUCUGAUGAUUUCGGUAUCAAAUGAAUUAGCAAUUCACCGGUUAGCUAAACCCGAAUUUUGGAGAAUGGAGUACAUUGUGCCAAAAGUUAUCUUUGGUCGGGUUAGGACUGAGCAGAGAUCUGGAUCAACGAAGCAAGGAGUCCAAACUUCAAGGUUAUAGCAUGGAGAGUAGAAUUCUGUCGUACAUGACAAUUCGAGGAUUAUUCAGAACGGCAGUCACAGGAACACAAACAAAGGCAGGCUCGAAAUUGGGCACCGUUGGGACCGAUUGUUGGGAGAAAUGGAGUUGGUGGUUGCAGAUUUUCUGCGGCUUCGGAACGAUGAAUAUCUAUGGUCAAUACGUCGGGAUGCAACUCGGUGGUCAGAUGUACAAGGAAAAUUUUGUGGCUCGGGCCAUUCUGUGAUUCGGAAUACCGAACAACGGCAUGAUAUGAUGGAAGUCGAUGGCUCGAAAACCUUCUCAGUUGCGAAUACCACGCUUUGAGAAGCCAAUCAAAAGAGAAUCUUAACCGGGCAUGCUAUCGAAGGAGGGCGAAAGUCCCUUUGCUGGUAUUAAGGGGCCUUUUUCAUAUUCUUUCCUUGUGGUUGAUUGCAAGAUUCGGUGUUACCUUCCGAUGAAGACUCGAACACACAAACUCCAGUGUUUCGAUCGAGCUUAGGCCAUCAGCCUAUACCUGUCUUCAGAUUUUACACAUGGGGUGCUGUUGUAUCUCUGCACUUUUUAUUCGCAGUGCUUAUUUAUAUGAGGAGGUCUGAUUUGAUCUAGAUGGUUGAAGGAAGCACAAGGAACAUGAAUGGCGUAAAAAUGCGGAGAUUUUUCAUGGGGACAUUAUUUCUGGGUGCCGAUCGUAGGAAAGUGUACCGCGUUACUUUUGCAAGUAUGGGAGGUGCCCUUAGGAGUUUUUGAUGAUUGCGGAUAAAAUGAAUGAUUUUCUUAUUACCAUCGAUACGUUUUCAAGGGAUGAAUAUGAUUCGGUGUUCAAGAUUGAAUUCGAAGCGAGUUCCUGUUUUUCUUCUUCGAAUGUUCUCGCUUCCAGUAAGUAUUAAAUACGCCACGGAGGGGCACGACA